UAAAGCCAGACGAGAGAGAAAAAAAAAGUAAUCAACAAAAAUCCAAAUUAUUGUAAACUUGUAGAAAUAUUAUUACUAUUUUUAAUAUUAAAAAUCUCCUUGAUAUUGUAAAAGAAAAGAAACAGGUAUAAAUGGGUUCAAAAGGAUUUCAGUUUGCAAUAGAUAGAGGGGGCACUUUCACAGAUGUGUUUGCAUCUUGCCCAAAUGGCAAAAUACGGGUUAUGAAACUGUUGUCAGUGGACCCACAGAAUUACGAUGAUGCACCACGAGAGGCCAUUCGAAGAAUUUUACAGGAGGAAACAGGAAAUGCCCUAGAUAGAGAUGGCAAAGUAAAUUCAUCUCUCAUAGAGUCAAUUCGGAUGGGAACUACUGUAGCUACAAAUGCUCUGCUAGAAAGGAAAGGUGCUAAAAUGGCGCUAGUCAUCAAUAAAGGCUUUAAAGACUUGCUGUAUAUUGGAAACCAGGCCAGACCUCAUAUAUUUCAACUGAACAUAAAACGCCCUGAUGUGUUAUAUACAGAAGUAGUCGAAGUAGACUGCCGCGUUAUACCAGGAAUAGAUCAAUGCCAGAUCGACAAGUCCAAAUUAAACUGGAAAGAAACUUAUGGCACCACAGGUCAAAAGAUUCUGAUUGUUAAAGAUGUUGAUGAGGAAGCAGUGCGAAAAGAUUUAAAAGCGUUGAGAGAGAAAGGGAUAGAUAGUAUUGCUGUUGUUCUUGCUCACAGUUAUACUUAUAGAGAUCAUGAAUUGAUAAUUGGAAAGAUUGCUGAGGAAUUGGGUUUUAACCAGGUAUCUCUGUCACAUUCUGUCACGUCCAUGGUAAGAAUGGUUCCGCGCGGGUUCACAGCAUCGGCUGAUGCAUAUUUGACUCCACAUAUUAAGGAGUAUGUGAGGGGUUUCUCCGAUGGAUUCACUGAUGGUUUGAAGAAUUCUAAUGUACUGUUUAUGCAAUCUGAUGGAGGACUGACACCAAUGAAUUUAUUCAAUGGAUCUCGUGCGAUACUGUCGGGGCCCGCCGGCGGAGUAGUAGGCUAUGCCCUCACUUCUUACCAAAAAGAAACUGGAUUACCUGUUAUUGGUUUCGAUAUGGGCGGUACGUCAACCGAUGUGUCCAGAUACGCUGGAGCGUUAGAACAUGUGCAUGAAGCGACCACUGCCGGAGUUACUAUACAAGCGCCACAACUAGAUAUAAACACAGUAGCGGCCGGUGGUGGUUCGAUGCUGAUGUUCCGCUCAGGCCUGUUCGUGGCGGGGCCCGAGUCUGCGGGAGCGGAGCCCGGGCCCGCUUGUUACAGGAAAGGAGGCCCACUUACAGUCACCGAUGCUAAUUUGUUAUUAGGACGCCUCCUACCUGAAUACUUCCCAAAAAUAUUUGGGCCAAACGAAAACGAGGGGUUAGAUUUGGAAGCAACGGUCACCGCCUUUAAGAAAUUAACAGAUCAAAUAAAUAGCUUCUUGAAACAAGGUGGCGGCAAAACGAUGACUAUGGAGGAAGUUGCAAUGGGAUUUAUCAAUGUUGCCAACGAAGCUAUGUGUCGCCCAAUAAGAGCGUUGACCACGGCUCGCGGUUACGAUGCACGCACGCACGCACUGGCUUGCUUUGGAGGCGCGGGCGGCCAGCACGCCUGCCAAGUGGCAGAGCGUCUCGGUAUUGCGACUGUGUUCGUGCACAAAUACGCUGGAAUCCUGUCAGCGUACGGCAUGGCUCUAGCAGACGUAGUACAAGAAGCCCAAGAGCCCUGCGCACUGGUGUACUGUCCGAACAGCUUCAGCGAACUCGACAUGCGACUGGACACGCUGGCUGCAAUCUGCAAGGACAAAUUAAAAGCUCAGGGUUUCACAGAAUCGAAAGUAGUGUUAGAGCCGUACCUCCACUUACGUUAUGCGGGCACGGACUGCGCACUAAUGGUUUCUCCCGCCCCUGGAGAUUCCGCCUAUAGCACAAAACAUGGCGAUUUUUAUACUGCUUUCGUCAAUCGAUAUAAAAACGAAUUCGGCUUUAUACUAUCCGAUCGUGACGUUUUAGUCGACGAUGUUCGUAUUCGAGGCAUCGGUAAAAGUGCCACAGCAGAAAACAUCGCACCACCCAGUGGUAAAGGCACAUCACCACCUGUGGAAAAGGUGGUCAAAGUAUACUUUGAGGGUGGUUACCAAGACACAGGAAUAUAUUUGCUGGAGAAGUUGCGACCCGAUCAAGAGAUACCGGGACCCGCUAUCAUUAUGGACAGCCUUUCUACUAUACUCGUUGAACCAGGCAGUCGCGCUGACAUUACAAAGUACGGUGACAUCCGUAUUACAGUGGGCGCGAGUCAGUCAAAAUCUGUGACCGCUGAAUUGGACUCGGUGCAGUUGAGCAUUUUCUCACACAGGUUUAUGUCUAUUGCAGAACAGAUGGGCAGGGUUUUACAACGAACGUCAAUAUCAGUGAACAUCAAGGAGCGUUUGGACUUCUCCUGUGCCUUGUUCGGGCCGGACGGCGGGCUCGUGUCAAACGCACCACAUAUCCCCGUGCAUUUGGGCGCUAUGCAGGAGACUGUGCAGUACCAGAUGAAAGUGCGUGGUGACUCCCUGAAACCAGGCGAUGUGCUGCUGGCGAAUCACCCUAAAGCAGGAGGUUCGCAUCUUCCCGAUUUGACUGUCAUGACGCCUGUGUUUCACAAAUCUAGCAAGCGGCCCAUAUUUUUCGUGGCCUCUCGCGGCCAUCACGCAGACAUCGGCGGCUUGACUCCCGGCUCCAUGCCGCCGCACUCCACCCGCCUCGCGCAGGAGGGCGCCGCUUUCAAGUCUAUGCUGCUCGUUGACGGCGGCUUGUUUAACGAGGAACUGCUUGUCAAAGAAUUAAUGAAACCAGCUGAGGUGGCCGGCUGUUCUGGCACUCGAAACUUAUCUGACAACUUGUCUGAUCUGAAAGCACAAGUCGCUGCCAACCAACGGGGUAUCCAGCUAGUUACUGAAUUGAUAGAUCAAUAUGGUCUAGAGGUAGUGCAGGCUUACAUGGCUCAUAUUCAGAAAAAUGCAGAAUUGGCGGUUCGAGAUAUGUUAAAGGAAAUCGCUAAAAAUACGAUAGCCAAGACUGGGUCAGCAGUUCUGAAGGCUACUGAAUAUCUGGAUAAUGGUACCCCCAUUACUCUCACGAUUACCCUCGACAAGGAUCAAGGCAGCGCAGUGUGUGAUUUCACAGGUACAGGCGUAGAAGUUUGGGGUAAUUUGAACGCCCCGCGAGCGAUAACUCUAUCAGCAUUGAUAUAUUGCCUGAGAUGUAUGGUAGGACACGACGUACCUUUGAACCAGGGUUGUUUAAAUCCGGUGAAAGUGAUAAUUCCAGUCGGUUCCAUAUUAGACCCGUCCGAGGACGCCGCUGUUGUGGGAGGAAACGUCCUAACUUCUCAGCGAAUAGUUGACGUCGUUUUCAAAGCUUUCCAGGUCUGCGCAGCAUCCCAGGGUUGCAUGAAUAAUUUGACUCUGGGGGAAACCAGCUGGGGAUACUAUGAGACCGUAGCUGGAGGAAGUGGGGCUGGUCCAGGCUGGCACGGCACGGGCGGGGUGCACACACACAUGACCAACACACGCAUCACCGAUGUUGAAAUCGUGGAGAUCAGAUACCCCAUACUUGUCACACAUUUCUCCCUUCGCGACGGCUCUGGUGGUCGAGGACAAUGGAAGGGCGGCGACGGCGUUACACGGGAGUUAGUAUUUAGAAGAACAGUGCAGUUAUCCGUCCUCACGGAGAGAAGAGCCUUCCAACCUUAUGGGAUGAAUGGAGGUGAGCCAGGACAAAGAGGUUUAAAUCUUUUGGAGCGAGUUGACGGGAGAGUGAUCAAUCUCGGAGGGAAGGCUUCAGUGGAAGCUUAUCCUGGGGAUAAAUACAUAAUGAAUUCUCCCGGCGGCGGCGGUUACGGGCGUCCGUCAGACGCAGCUGAAACGAACAAGCAGACAGACAAACUUUACAGCGAGUUCUUAGAGAGAGGAAGCGUUUACGAAUACAGGAGUGCACAAGAAUCUGUAUAGUUGAAUAAAGCUAGAGAUAAACCAUAUCAAUAUCAGUUCCAUAUGACCUGACUUGCAGGUCAUGCAUGUAUGUCGUAUGCCCGUAUGACUUGUGGGCAAAAUCUGCUUCUUUCUGGAUUCCGCAAAGUCAUCAAUGCCAGCGUGGCAGGCAGAGGCGACGAUGGCUUGAUGAAUUAAAUUUACACUUAGGUGGCCCGAAGAGGCAGUGUAGGGAAUAGUGGAAAAAUCGGAGGGAGGCCUUCACACCCAAUUGUGGGAUAGUGCAGAUAAAUUAAAUUACUUAGUUCCAUAUCUGCAGUGUAGUUUUCUUAGUUUAGUUUCAAAAUCGGUUUAA